AUGACGAAGGCGGAAGACACUCUGCCUCACCUCUCCGGGGUCUUCACUUCCCUCGGUCACGCGCCUUUCGUGCAGCCAUCCUCGUACCUUCGCCCUCCAAUGGCCUCCCAACCAGAGAGACCAAUCGAUGUCGAAGAGCGACAGGGCCUGCGUGCCAUUCGCAAUUUCCUCAAGGUCCGCACUAGUUAUGACGUUCUCCCACUCAGUUUUCGCCUGAUUAUCUUCGACACCGGGCUUUCCGUGAAAGAAAGCUUGAACAUUCUCAUUCAAAAUGGCAUGUCGCACUUCCUCCCCCAUACUCCUCAUGUUCCUCGGGAAAAUUUAUCGGAGAACGCAUUCGAGACAAUUGAGACACCCGCUGACCGCAAGGGCAAUGAUCGGGAGUUUGCCGGUCUUCUGACCACGUCCGACUACAUCAACGUCAUUCAAUACUAUUUCCAGAACCCGGCCGCGCUCGACCAAAUUGACCAGUUCCGACUAGAUAGCUUGCGUGAGGUGGAAAAGGCAUUGGGCGUCGCGCCACCCGAGACCAUCUCCAUUGACCCCGAACGUCCCCUUUACGAAGCUUGUCGACGCAUGCUCGAGUCUCGUGCUCGCCGUAUCCCUCUCGUUACGAAUGACAGUCAAACCGAUCGAUCCCACGUCCUCAGCGUCAUUACCCAGUAUCGAAUCCUCAAGUUUGUCGCCGUCAAUGUCGGUGAUACGCAGAAGCUGCGCCGUCCGCUGCGGGAGCUGUUGCUUGGCACAUAUGAUAAUAUCGCCACGGCGUCGAUGGAUACUCCGGUCAUCGAUGUGAUUCAUAUUCUGGUCGAGCGCAGUAUUUCUAGCGUGCCGAUUUUGAAUUCAGAGGGUGUUGUGUACAAUGUGUUUGAAGCGGUCGAUGUCAUUGCACUCAUUCGGGGCGGUACCUACGAUGAUCUAGGUCUUACCGUGGGCGAGGUGCUGAAGAAGCGUUCGCCGGAAUUCCCCGGAAUCUACACUUGCUCGCUGAACGACGGUCUAGAUACCAUCUUUGACACCAUCCGCAAAUCUCGGGUCCACCGUCUAGUCGUUGUGGAUGAGCAUUUCAAGCUCAAGGGAGUGCUCACUUUGAGUGAUAUCCUCCAUUACAUUCUCCUCGAGGGAGAAAAUGACGAAGUAUGA